UUCCGGCGCUGUCAGCGGCAGAGGGGCGUGGCCGUGCGCGGGCGCGGCUGCGUGAGGAGAGGGGCUGUCAUGGCCGCCACGGCUGAGCUCUUCGAGGAGCCUUUUGUGGCAGAUGAGUACAUAGAACGCCUGGCAUGGAGAACUCCUGGAGGAGGUUCCAGAGGUGGAGUAGAAGCUUUCGAUCCCAAAAGAUUAUUAGAAGAAUUUGUAAACCAUAUCCAAGAACUACAGGUUAUGGAUGAAAGGAUUCAAAGAAGGGUGGAGAAGCUAGAACAGCAAUGCCAGAAAGAAGCUAAGGAGUUUGCCAAGAAAGUACAAGAGCUGCAGAAAAGCAAUCAGGUUGCCUUCCAACAUUUCCAGGAACUAGAUGAGCACAUCAGCUAUGUAGCAACUAAGGUCUGUCACCUUGGCGACCAGCUGGAGGGGGUAAACACGCCACGGCAACGGGCAGUGGAGGCUCAGAAACUGAUGAAAUACUUUAAUGAGUUUCUGGAUGGAGAGCUGAAGUCUGAUGUUUUUACAAACUCUGAAAAGAUUAAAGAGGCAGCAGAUAUUAUUCAGAAGCUGCAUCUGAUUGCACAGGAGCUACCUUUUGACAGGUUUUCUGAAGUAAAAUCAAAAAUAGCAAGUAAGUACCAUGAUUUAGAGUGCCAGCUGAUUCAGGAGUUUACAAAUGCCCAAAGAAGGGGUGAAAUCUCAAGAAUGCGAGAAGUAGCAGCUGUCUUACUUCACUUUAAGGGCUAUUCGCACUGUGUUGAUGUGUACAUAAAACAAUGUCAAGAGGGUGCUUUCUUGAGGAAUGAUAUAUUUGAAGAUGCAGCCAUUCUUUGUCAGCGAGUGAACAAACAAGUUGGAGAGAUUUUUAGCAGUCCAGAGACUGUAUUGGCCAAACUUAUUCAAAAUAUCUUUGAAGUCAAACUUCAGAGUUAUGUAAAGGACCAGUUAGAAGAACACAAGAAAUCAGAUGCAGAGCAAUAUCUUAAGAAUCUCUAUGAGCUGUACACAAGAACUACUAAUCUUUCAAGCAAAUUGAUGGAGUUCAACUUGGGUACUGAUAAGCAGACUUUCUUGUCUAAGCUUAUCAAAUCCAUUUUCAUUUCCUACUUGGAAAAUUACAUUGAGGUAGAAAUUGGUUAUUUGAAAAGUAGGAGCGCUGUGAUUCUGCAACGCUAUUACGACUCUAAAAACCACCAGAAGAGGUCCAUUGGAACUGGCGGUAUUCAAGAUCUCAAGGAAAGAAUAAGACAACGCACAAAUUUGCCUUUGGGUCCAAGUAUUGAUACCCAUGGAGAAACCUUCCUCUCCCAAGAAGUGGUGGUUAACCUUUUACAAGAAACCAAGCAAGCCUUUGAAAGAUGUCACAGGCUCUCAGAUCCUUCUGAUUUACCGAAGAAUGCAUUCAGAAUUUUUUCUAUGCUUGUGGAAUUUUUGUGUAUUGAGCAUAUUGAUUAUGCCCUGGAAACAGGACUUGCUGGCAUUCCUUCUUCUGAUUCUAAGAGUGCAAACCUUUAUUUCCUUGAUGUUGUACACCAAGCCAAUACUAUUUUCCACUUGUUUGACAAGCAGUUUAAUGAUCACCUAAUGCCAUUAAUAAGCUCUUCUCCCAAGUUAUCUGAAUGCCUUCAGAAGAAAAAGGAUAUAAUAGAACAAAUGGAGGUGAAACUGGACAUGGGCAUUGACAGGACACUGAAUUGUAUGAUUGGACAGAUGAAGCACAUCUUGGCUGCUGAACAAAAGAAGACUGAUUUUAAACCAGAAGAUGAAAAUAAUGUUUUGAUUCAGUACACUAAUGCCUGUGUUAAGGUUUGUGGCUAUGUCAGAAAGCAGGUAGAAAAGAUCAGAAAGUCUAUGGAUGGUAAGAACGUGGACACAGUUCUGAUGGAGCUAGGAGUUCGCUUUCAUCGACUUAUUUAUGAACAUCUACAGCAAUAUUCCUAUAGUUGCAUGGGAGGCAUGCUGGCAAUUUGUGAUGUGGCUGAAUACAGGAAGUGUGCCAAAGACUUCAAGAUCCCACUGGUAUUACAGCUAUUUGAUACCCUGCAUGCACUUUGCAACCUUCUGGUCGUAGCCCCAGAUAAUUUAAAGCAGGUCUGCUCAGGAGAGCAACUUGCUAAUCUGGAUAAGAACAUCCUUCACUCCUUUGUUCAGCUGCGUGCUGAUUAUAGAUCUGCUCGCCUUGCUCGCCACUUCAGCUGAGAGUAUGGAAGAACCGUAUACCUUUGCCCAGGCCUUGGUUAUUCGAAAGCACAGGGAAUGAUUUCUUAUCAAAUAGCAGUUGUAAGUUUUGCAGGACAAUGACUGUUCAGAGUAAUGCAGCAGCCAUAUUUAAACUUGACUUUUUAUUUGAAGAAUGUCAGCAAAUGUAAGCUAAUGAUUAGUUCAGGUUCCUUGCAAGCUAAAGUUUCCCCAGAGAGAAAUUUCUGCAAAACUACUUGGUAGUAAUUUUGCAUUGGAAAAAUGUUGGUGUAGGGGGGCAAGUGGUGUAUUGAAAGUAUUUUAGUCUUCAAUCCUGAAUUAACAGAUACCAUUUAUUAGAUGUUAACUGCAGAGCAUAGCGUAGGUAAUGGAUUACAUAGAACAGAACUAUGUAAAAACCAUCAUCAAUUUUAAUGACUUGGACUUCAGCACAGCUAAUCAUAAUCGAAUUAUCUUUGAUUGGUGUUUCUAAGUCAUUUCAUUCUUUCAAAAUGUUAUCCCACUCAAUGUAAUUUCUUGCUUUAAUUAGCUUGGAAUUUCUUUGAGAUAGAGGAGUAACAGUAUCCCAAGAAAGAUGUAAUUUAUUCAUUGUAUAGAACUUUAAGUGAAACUGAAAUGGGUAAAGGUUUUUGCACCUAACUGUAAGAAGCCUGCCGGAAUGUAUUAGUUUUGUAUGAACUCCUGACACUCUUGUUUUACUGUUUGACACUGGCACAUUUAACUCGAUAUGUUCCUGACUGAAUACCACCCUGUUGAUUGUAGACUUCAUUACUGCAGAGGUGAAGGUGCCCAUUGUCAACCAAAAAAGAACCUUGUAUGUUGUUUUGUAUAUUAGCGAGAUUGUAACAGAAGUCAGAGGAGGAAAUAUUCGUCGGUUCAUUCUAGCCAAAAUCCAGAACUGAAAUGUUCCGCUCCAGACAGAAUUCAUCUUCAGUUGCUGAAUGAUGUGGUAUUGCUGAAAGUGCAGAAACUGCACCCCUCCGCCUUAAGACUGGGGACUGCUACUUCUGUGUGCUCUCUUUAGACCAUAGAAAUCUACUCAAGGUGCCUCUGAAAUGAUGGAUCCAUGGUGGGUGCAGUAUUUGAAAUGAAGCAAUGGGGAUAAUGAAGCCCUUGGGGUGAUUUUUCCCAGUGGUUGACAGUUCUGUAGUAAGCAAAGGUAUUUUCCAGAGUGAAGCCCUGUGGAAACCAGGUAGGAACUGCGCUGCUUCAGUGUCCUCCCCAACUGCACUCAUCUCAUCCCUCGGCAAAUCAUCUGCAGCCCUCUGUCUUAAUUCUUUGUGGAUUCAGCAUAGUUAUUUAGACUUUCUCCUGUCCUUCAGAGCAGGUUUUCUGAAAAUCUGUCUUUUCUUCUCACAAGCAUAAGAAUCUUUUGAAAUUUUUAUGACUUCCCAUCUCUAGUUAAAAUUGACCAACCUUGUUUUUUUGCUUUGGUUUAUAUUUAGCAGAGUAGUCUUGGUAAGCAAGAGAAAUAUUCUGCCAAGUUUUCUCAAAGGAUUCUGGGAAACUUUGGCAGCUUUGUUUGGCUGCGGAGCUCUCUUUCUUGGCCAUGGCAGCACCACAAAGAGUUGUGGACACCGGAGGAGGCACUUGCUUGUACUGUUGCCAUUUUUUUUGAAAGCUCUGAUGUGAAUUCCAAUUAUACCUCUGUUACCUCUGUAACUUAAAGCCAACAAUUUUCAAGGCUGUGGUUUUACUAACCAAUAUGAAAUCUUUGUACAAAAAGUGUCAAUUUGUAAACACUUCUAGAACAGUAAACAUCAUUUUAAGACUGCAUAUCACAGAAGUGCUUCAAAAUGUCUUGUAAGUUUGUUGUGAGUUAUUUUAAAGAUGUAUAAAAUGUACUCACCAUGUUCUUGCAUUGUUAGCUGUAUUUUCCAUGCAUAAAUUCAGUGCAAUAUUCUCCAUUUUUAGCCUAUUUAAAGUAAUGAGGCAGCAAGCAGUAGGCAAAUACUUUAAAACUUAGACAUGUAAACACUUCCUCAAUAAAAAAAAAAAUUCUCUCCA